CGUUUGAGAAUUGCUCAGCCAUCCAAAUUUAUUUUCGACUACGUAAUACACUAACAUCAGUUACGAUUUAUAUGUAUUUUUUAUACUAUAAGUAUGUAGAUGGGCAUAGGUGCCACCUGUUGAUAGUGAGGAGGUUAUCAAACGUAUACCAUUUAUAAGAUUUACGAAACAGAGCGCAAUUGUACGUUCAAGUAAACACAUCGAGUUAUUGUGAUGAUUUUACAAAAUUAUUUAUUUACCUUGUUAUUACUGUUCGCUUGUAGCGUUGCGGGAAAACAUUUUCGUUUUGACUACGAUUACAAUGGAUAUGUUGGUGGAUGGUUCAAACUCCAUUUAAUACCGGCCACCUGGCACGAUGCUUGGCUCAGAUGCGAUCUUGAAGGUUCAAUUUUGGCUUCCCCAAUAAACUAUCAAAUGAAAAUCGCGAUGGAUGCUUACUGGAACGCAAAGAAAACGGAUGACUGCGCCUAUUAUACUGGAAUAAAUGCCUUAUUCUCACAUGGAGAUUUUUUUUCUGUUGAAGGUGUAUCUUUGGCUAGGAUGCCAGUGAAGUGGGCGCCUGGUGAGCCAGAUAAUUUCAACAACGGGGAAGACUGUAUCGUCUUAACCAAUGGCACGAUAGCCGACGUGAACUGCUCGGAAAUAUUUCCGUACAUGUGUUUUAAGAAAAACACGAAAGACAUCAUUAUGACGACAUGUGGGACUGUCGAUAAAGAAUAUAAGCUUGAAAGUUUAACUGGAAAUUGCUACAAAUUUCAUCGAAUAGGAAAACCCUGGAAGCGUGCUUUUAUGACCUGCGCAGCCGAGGGAAGUUAUCUGGCGGUGAUCAACAGUCCACAAGAAGCUCUUCUCCUAAAAAAUAUAUACGACGCUAAUCAUUCAAAGAUCCGUCCCGGGACGAGCAAGGAUGUAAUAAAUAUCGGUAUGCAUGAUUGGAACGAACAUGGCGUCUGGAGGACCAUUCAUGGAUUGACGAUCGAGGAAGCAGGUUACGCAGACUGGGCACAAGGACAACCUGACAACUCAAGUGGUCAAUUCUGCGGUGCAAUGUUUCGUAACAGCAAACUGGAUGAUUUUUGGUGCCAUGCCUCCGCCCCAUUCAUAUGUGAGAAGAGUCUAGACAGCCUGCUUGAACUAUAAUAUCUAUAUAUUUUUUGGAAUAUAUAGCAAAUGUGAUGGUAUAGUAUAUAAGCCUCAUUGCUAUCAAUAAUUUAGUAAGUAUAGUUAAUAUUCUUUUUUUUUUGUUAAUUGAAGAUUCCGAGUUUCCUGUCCGUUCUUCUCGGUAGGAUUCACAUUUCGAUCUGGUGGUAUUGUUACAUUUAAUACAGUUCUGUAAAAUGACGAUUCAAAAAUGCUUGUUAAAGUUUACUUGAACAAAGUAUAAUAUGUAUUUUUAAUUUAUUUUAUGUACUCUAACAACGUUAUUUUUUUUACGGCAACUACGUUUAUUAUCGGCAAGGCUGUGACAAAUUAUAUUUUAUAUAAUUAUUUAACCGUUAUAAAUUAUACAGUUUAAGUAUAUCGGUUUCGCAGUUUAAGAUAAUAUAUUUUAGAAGUGCAAAUAGCAUCGAACUAUGUUAUUGUUGUACCUCCUAAGUUAAGAGGUCGAACUAGCCGCAGUGGGUUGACAUUGCAGAUAUUUAUUUUAAUUCUAAAAGUGAUGCUAGGAUGUAUUUUACCAGAGCUCCAUCCAAGAAUUACAAGCUGCAUAUGUUGCAAAAACAAAAGCAAAGCUAAUUUAACAGUUAACUCAUAUUUGUAAGUGAAUAUUAAAAUUAUGAAUAAUAUAAAGAAAUAUGGAACAAUU